AUGGCAUGUCGGAACGGCUGCUGCUGCGGCUCGGGUCCAAUAAACGAGGAUAACGCGAGGUUCCUGCUUCUGGCGUUGUUCAUCAUCAUCUAUCUCUUCUGUGGCGCCGCGGUGUUCUCCGCGCUGGAGCAGCCGAAGGAGCGAGAGGCGAAGGAGCGCUGGGUGCAGAGGUUCGAGCAUUUCAGCCAGCAGUACAACCUGAGCAAGAAGGACCUCAACAACUUCCUCAGGAACUACGAGGAGGCGAACGUAGCCGGGAUCCGUGUGGACACGAUCAGACCUCGAUGGGACUUCACCGGCGCGUUUUACUUCGUGGGGACUGUGGUGUCAACCAUCGGGUUUGGAAUGACCACUCCUGCUACCAUUGGAGGAAAAGUCUUCCUGAUGUUCUAUGGCCUGCUUGGCUGUGCCGCCACCAUCCUCUUCUUCAACCUCUUUCUGGAACGUGUCAUCACUGUUAUCGCUGUGGUCCUCAAGUCCUGUCAUGAACGACGCCACAGCAAGGCAAUACUUCCACAAAACGGCCGGCAAGUCUUGGAGGAAAACAGGGCAGCCGGAGCCGCGGGCGGCAGAAGAGGAAAAGGUGAGGAUCUGGCUGGCUGGAAGCCUUCAGUCUACUGCGUCAUGCUCAUUCUGGGAGUGGCAGCCAUAUUGGUGUCCUGCUGUGCUUCCCUCAUGUACUCAGCAGCCGAGGGCUGGGGCUACCUGGACUCGCUAUACUUCUGUUUUGUGGCCUUCAGCACCAUCGGGUUUGGAGACAUGGUGAGCAGUCAGCGGGUCGUCUACGAGGGCCACGCAACAGUGGCGUAUCGGCUGGGCAACUUCUUCUUCAUCCUGACCGGCGUCUGCUGCAUCUACUCUCUCUUUAACGUCAUCUCCAUCGUCAUCAAGCAGGUCCUCAACUGGUUGCUGAGGAGACUUGAAGCUCCCUGCCGUUGCUGCUUCCCUAGAAGGGGUCACCACCCGCACCGACACCCCAGAAGGAAUGUGGUGGCCCCUGGUCACCUGCGCUCCCGCAGAGACCCCUCCAUCGAGACAGACGCCAUGAACGAGAGCGAGACAGACACUGGGCGCAGGAUGUCCGGGGAGAUGAUUUCCAUGAGGGAUUUCUUAGCAGCCAACAAGGUGAACCUGGCCAUUAUGCAGAAGCAGCUUUCGGAGAUGGCCAUCGGGCACCCGCGCCAGUCCAGCUCCAGUUCCCGUCAGAACGGAUUCUCAGGAGGGGUGGGCGCCCUUGGCAUCAUGAACAACCGGCUGGCAGAGACCAGUGAGGACAGAUAGAAGGAUACAAAAGGCUGGGGGAGUCAGGAAGCACAAACCCAAGGACUGCCUUCCCGAAAGAAAAGAAAAACGAGCUGCGCACAAGACGGAAUUUAUUAUGACAAAUUAUAUCCUUCUCGUUGACAAGUAGGCCAACCCCCAGCAGCUACAGCUUAGAAUUAAACCAUCUCAGAUCCACUUCCCCCCAUUCAAGAACAUGACUCUAUGAAUGAUGCAUGAUAGGUUUGCUGAAGUCUCACAUCUGGAUCGGGCUCAGAGUGCCGGAACGUUCCCCUGUGAGGAAUUCAGUUUCCAUGGUGAUAAAAAAAAGAAAAAGAAGCCUUUCCAGAUCCUGUGUAUCUACUCUUCAAAGACAUGACACACACUACAUGCUACUUCACACAGAACCACAACUUCCACUCAUCUGCGGUACUUUACAACACGCACUAAUGUGACUGUGUCCACACUGUUCCGGUCUCUCUAAAGGACGUUAAUGAGAGAAAAUAGCUUUAAUAAAAUGGGUGUUUCCUGGUUGUGUGUCGAACAGUAGUUAUUACAUAAAAGCAGAGUGGGAAAGAAGCACAAUUCAUGAUUCACACAAAUGCUUCCUAGCCACCUUAUAUCUCUUUCCAUAGCCACUGACUUGGGCGCCGCUUUCAUGAUCGCGACAAGAAGAGGACAAAGCCUCCAGAGUGACCAUCCUUACAAUCCAAACAGACCUAUCUGAAGCUGAAUGAGCAGUAUGUUCUGUCUGGGGAGGAAACCUAUCAUGUGAGACUGCUGUUUACAUCGAUUUGCUUUGCCGUGCAGCCUCAUAGCAGCCUCAUUGCAGCCACGAUGCUGUCUAGGCCUUGAGGUGUUUGUCAUUAAUAUAAAUGCAGUGAAACAAACCGCUCCAGGUCUCCUUAUUUGAUUUCAGCUCAAAACUGUAAGGAGAUUGUGUUUACCUUGGUCUGGAUUCGCAGCAAAUACAGUGAAGACAAAGGACCAGAGACAGAAACAUGAGUGUUAAUAUAAUGCCAGAGGAGAUAUUGAUUUUAGCGAAAAGUGUGACCAGCUACGAGCAAAAAUAUGGAGCCCCUAACGUCCAAAGGUGAUACUUUUUUAUACUGGACUCGCAAGAUAUUAAACUCAUUGCACACGAUAAACAUCUUGGGUGCACAAAAUAAUUAUAGUUGGAAAUAGAUUAUAGAUCCUUGUAGAUGCUUCUCUAACGAGUUCACAUAUGAGAGAGCAGAGAGAACUCAGCUAAUUUAAUUUUAUAACAUUCUUGCUGCUCUUGUAUGGAGGAGCAUGGUUGUCAUUAGCGGGAAUGAUUUGCUGAACUUGAUCACCGCAAGGUAAUGAUUUAGAAGGAACAAGAUUUUGAAUUAGUGUGAACAAGUAUAUAUUGUUUUCGCUCAAAGGUUUAUUGCACGUGAACAGGUUAUUAUCAUGUAGCACAAGAUGAAAUUCACACAUGCUUGGACCCCACACAAGUUUGACAUGCAGGCACUAUGCUUGAUUAAGGUGAUGUUCUAGUCAAGCUCCUUGUGAAUAUAUGUAAGAGGUUGCUGAAAUUACAGCCUGAGAAUCCUCCAGGUUGUUCCACCUCGCAUGUCAUCAGCUGAGCUACACAUCGGACUCUAGUGCCUGACAUACAGAGGCGAACUCCGCUGGAGACAUCUCGACAAAAUGAUCACCUGUCAAAGCUACUAUUUCUGGAGUGAAAGAAAAAAUGAUGGUGGUUGUAAGAGUGUUGAGUCUGUGAGUAAUCGGCUGCAAAAUCAGUUCACAGCCUAAACUGAGAAGACGAUCCAGAUGGU